AGGGCCCAACUCACCUCGUUUUUCUCUGUCGUUUUUAACCGACGGUGAAAAACGUUGAAAGAAGGAACGUUGCCUGAUAAGUCCACUCACAACAGUUUGAUUUCGCGUCAGUUUAUCACGAUGGACCGUACAUACCUAUUAGCAUUGGCGGCGGUUUUGGUAGUCGAAAAAAUAGGCGAAAAAAGUAAAUCUCGAAGAAAAUGGGCUAAAGACUGGUUGCUUAAUCGCAGUACGCUAUCACAUACACAUUUAUUGGAAGAGCUAAGAUUGGAGCCUGCUGAUUGGCACAAUUACUUGAGGAUGGACGAGAAUACGUAUGGAAAACUGUUAAGACUAGUAACACCGUUAAUUGAGAGAAAAAAUACCCAUUUACGUCAAUGCAUCAGUCCUCACGAACGCCUAACAGCUACUCUGCGUUUUCUGGCCACUGGCCGCAGCUAUGAAGACUUAAAGUUUUCAGUUAUUAUUUCACCGCAGGCACUAGGAUGCAUAAUUCCCGAAACAUGCCAAGCCUUAUAUACUGUACUGAAAGAUGAAUAUAUAAAGGUAAGGAUAAACAAAAAAAAAAGUGUUCCUAAAUGCGAAGACGACUGGAAAGCAAUAUCUAAGGAUUUCGAUGAAAGAUGGAACUUUCCCAACUGUUUAGGCGCCAUGGACGGUAAACAUGUUCGGAUAGCUCCACUGCCUAACAGCGGGUCCUACUUUUAUAAUUAUAAAGGUAGUCAUAGUCUAGUGUUAUUAGCAAUGGUCAAUGCCAAUUAUGAAUUUGAUAUGUGUUAUUUUGGCACUAAUGAUAGAGUAUCCGACGGAGGAGUUCUGAAAAAUACACGGUUUUAUGACAAACUGGUAAACCAUGAGCUAAAAAUACCUGCUCCAUCUAAAAGCAAAUAUUCAGAACGCCCGCUUGCCUAUGUAUUUGUUGGCGAUGAAGCUUUUGCGCUUAGAGACGAUUUUUUAAAGCCAAUUGCCCAAAAACAACUUAAUAGCGACCGCAGAAUCUUUAACUACCGUUUAUCCAGAUGUCGACGAAUUGUCAAAAAUGUUUUUGGGAUCCUAGCAGCCCGUUUCAGAAUUUUUCACACAGAAAUAAACCUGAAGCUGGAAAGUAUUGAAAAAGUGGUAUGGGUACAUGCUGUGCGUUGCAUAACUUUUUACGAAGGAAAACUGCUACUAGGUACAGCCCGCCUGAAUGUCUUGAUAAUGAAGAUUUGGAACGUGGUGAAAUUCUACUUGGUUUGAGGGCAGGACCAAACGUUUUCGGGAACUUACAGCGUGGCCAGAAUAGAAAUGCUACGACUUCUGCCAAAGAAGUGCGCGAACAUUUCAUGGAGUAUUUUUGUAAUGAGGGGAGGGUCCCUUGGCAAGACAAGUUUGUUUAAAAUAUUAUUAUUUCUAUUUGUAUUAGAGUAGCAUAACUAUUAUACUUAAUA